AUGAAAAUUGUUAUAGUUGAAGCAUUAGAUCAAAACACGUUUGUACACAAUUUUGAUCUUAAAAACGAUACUUUGCAGGAUAUCAGGCAAUGGUUACAAUCAUCCAUAAAACAGAAAUUGCCGUUUAGUCAAUAUAAAUUUGUGCAAAGAUAUCCACCAUAUCAUAGAUACAAUAUGCUUGAAGAUGAAUUAGUAAAGUUGGAUUUAUUAAAUAUAAAAUUCAAUAAUGAAUCUUUAAUUCUGGUUAGAGAGAAUAAUUAUGAUAGUAACAAUAGUCAAUAUAAUAAAUGGAGAUAUAUUGUGUCUUUUCUACCAAUAAAAAUAUAUCUAUUAGUUAGAAUUGUAUGGGACUAUAUUAAAUGUAUUGAUAGAGAAAAGAUGGACUAUAUUUUGGUUGAUUCAAAUAGCAUAGAUUCUUUCUCUUCCAUUAGUCACAACAGCAAUAAUAAACUAAUGGAAUUGUAG